CGAAAUAAUCUUCUUUCAAAGAUAAUUACCAAAUUCGUUUUGAUAAAGUUUAUAAUAAAUAGUUGUGUGCGCCAAAAUCAAAUGCAGUGCAUCAAUCUUCGACACGAUGAAUAAGGCUCUCCUUGGUUUUCUUAUCGCUACGGUGUACGCCGUAUCUGCGGUGCCAGUAAACUCGGUUAACUCCGAGGAUCUGGCUCCCCAGGACCUCUUCGAGGAAGUCAACGGUGUUUUGAACCUUGACGGUGAACUCGACGAAGAAGUCCUUGAGGAUGCCGCUGCCAGCAACACUUACUUGCUCUACACCAGGCGUAACCCCACCGAUGCCCAGAUCCUGAAAGUCGAUGACAAAGAUUCUAUCAAGAAGUCUUACUUCAAAUCCAACCAUAAAACCCUUGUGAUUGCACACAGCUGGCUCGGAUCCGAAAAUACUGAGAUGAACCUCGUGAUCAGAGACGCUUACCUGGCUCAGGAAGACGGCAAUGUUAUUGUUUUGGACUGGAGCAAACAGGCUUUGUCAAACUAUGUGACAGCUGCUCGUGCUGCACCCGAAGUCGGUCGUGGUCUUGGAAAAUUCAUCGUUUUCUUAACCAAGGUUACUAAACAGAGCCUGAAGAAGAUACACCUUGUUGGUUUUGGACUUGGUGCUCAUCUCGUUGGUAACGCCGGCAGGGAACUUAAUGGAAAAGUUGCCCGUAUCACAGGUCUGGACCCCUCUGGUCCCCUUUUCAACUUCAACUCCAACCGCAUCAGCCCUGAUGAUGCCAUCUACGUUGAAGCUAUCCACACCGACGGUGAUACCCUCGAAGGUCUUGGUAUCGGCUCUGACGUCGGUAACGCUAACUUCUACGUCAACGGUGGCAACUCCCAGCUCGGAUGCUUGACUCAGAUCUGCAACCACAACCGUGCCUGGAGACUCUUUGCCGCAACCAUUACCUAUAACCACUUGUCUGGAAACGAGUGCGCUAACUCUCUCCAAGUUACUUUGAACCGCUGCCGUGGUGAUGAGCUUGCUAUGGGCAACACUGAUCUGACUAAAUCCGUAGAAGGAGUCAAGAAAUUCCGCGCCAACACUCGCAUCUUAUAUCCUUACUAAUUGGAGAAAACCUGCAAUCAUCAUCAUCGGCCUUGCCUUUUUCCUAAUAUGUUGGGUCGGCUACCAGUCCUGCAAUCUGCAGUCGAAACCUGCAAUCGAAUACGUAAAUAAAACUCUUAUUCAACAAACUUACUGUGAAAAGUGCCAUUUUUAAUACUGUUUUAAAAUAUGUACAACAACAAAGACUAAUUCUCAUUCAAAACUUUUUUUUUUUAAAUUAAAAUCAAUUAUUUUACAAAACUG